AUGGUGAAGUCUUGUCUUGAAUAUGAUUUGAAAUCAAGUCAGAAAAAUGUUAUUAGAUCUCGAAUUGUUUUUAUCUCCAUUUUAUCUAUCAAUCAUCUUUCCCUUCCUCUUUUUACCCCUCCUCUCAUUCUGAACUUGCUUUCUCCAAAACUUUGUAUUUAUCUAUGUUCUAUAUCUAUCCAGCUUAUCUGUUGUAGUUUAAUCCGAAUUUUUCCCUUUCUUUCACAUUUCCUCUUUUUUCACAUUUCCUCUUUUCUCUUUCGUUUACAUUUUUUAUUUUCCCUUUCUUUCACAGUUCCUCUUUUCUCUUUCUUUCACAUUUCCUCUUUUCUCUUUCUUUCACAUUUCCUCUUUUCUCUUUCUUUAACAUUUCCUCUUUUCACUUUCUUUCACAUUUCCUCUUUUCUCUUUCUUUCACAUUUCCUAUUUUUUAACAUUUCUUCUUUUCUCUUUCUUUUACAUUUUCUAUUUUCCCUUUCUUUCACAGUUCCUCUUUUCUCUUUCUUUCACAUUUCAUCAUUUCUCUUUCUUUCACAUUUUCUAUUUUCUCUUUCUUUCAGAUUUUUUAUUUUCCCCUUCUUUCACAUUUCCAGUUUUCUCUUUCUUUAA